AUGGAAGUUGAAGGGGACACACGUCUUACUCAAGAGGAUAAGAGUUCAAUGCACUUAGAAGAUACCAACCAAACUGCUGCUGAACCAGUUCAGGAGGUAUCUGGUGAUUCGUCUGGUAUAGGAAUGGUACAAACUGAAAGUUCAGUUGAGACCGAUGAAAUGAGUGAAGCCACUGGUCAAACAACAAUUAUAGCACUGCAAUGGAGCAUAAGCAUUCGCGAUAAAGAUUUUAUAAGUCCUCUUAGAACUCAAGUAGUCAGCCAAGGUUACCAAGGUACAACUUAUAGAGCUGAAACUGAUGUUAGCAAUGCAGCAUGUGCAAUGCCUGAUCGGCUAAAUAUUGAAGAAAAUGCAAAAAUAGUGAAAAAUGAAGACACAAUAAAAUCUGAAACGGUGUUGUUGGUCAGUGGAAAAAAUAUUAAUGAUCAGAGUUCUGAAGGAAAGUCUAGGGAAGAUGGCGUUUAUCAUCCAGUUUAA